AUGGCGGAAGCUAUUUUUGACGAUGUUUCUCAAAUAAUAGGAAACACACCAAUUGUACGUUUAAACCUUAAUAAAUUUACCAACACUAAUAUUACAGAGGAAGGUCAUAUUAAUAGUAAAAAUGUUGAGUAUUUAGUUAAAUUAGAGUAUACAAAUAGAUUGUCAGGAAGUAUUAAAGAUCGCGUCGCUAAAAAGAUUUUGUCGGAUGCCGAAAAGUCCUGCAAAAUUAAAUCUGAUACAACAUUGUUAAUACCAACUAGUGGAAAUCUUGCAAUAAGUAUAGCCUUAUUGGCACAAAGGCGUGGUUACAAAACCAUUGCUUUGGUGCCUGAACGUACAACGAUAGAUCGAAUUCAAUUAUUGAAAUCUUUGGGAAUAGAAAUUAUAAGAACCCCCAAUGAAGCUAAACCUGGUCAUUCCGAGAGUAAUUUUGAUUUAGCUAUUAAACUUACAAAUGAAAUUGCGAAUUCAAUUUUUACAAAUUCAAGCAAUGUACAAGAACAUUAUGAAGAAACUGCACAAGAAAUUUAUUCACAAGUUGGAGGAAAACUUGAUGUACUUGUGGUUGGUGUGGAAUCUGGAGGCACCAUUACUGGAUUAGCUAAAAAUCUUAAAGAAAGGAUACCAGAUUUAAAGGUUGUCGCAGUAGAACCUCAACAUUCAAGAAUACAAGAAAAUAAAUCAGUUAAUCCUUCUACAAUCAAAGAUCGAAAGGUAGAAGAUAUUGGAAAUAACUUCACUUCAUCAAUUCUUGAUUUAACACUUAUUGAUGAAUGGAUUAAAGUUAAUGAUCGAGAUUCAUUCGUCAUGGCACGUAAAUUAAUAAGUGAAGGGUUUUUGGCAGGUCCCUCAUCAGGAUCUGUGGUAAGCGCGGCUUUAGCUUAUGCAAAUACGAAUAUAUCAUCUUUAAGUUCUUCAAUUCGUAUACUUUGUAUAUUAAAUGAUACUGCAAGAAAUUAUAAUAGUACAUUAUUAUCGGAUGAAUGGUUAUUGGAAAAUGAUAUGAUGGAUGAAGAAACUAUUAGAAAAAUUGAAUAUCAGAUGAUAGAAAAAUAUCGAGCUGCAAGUGUUGAAGAUUUGCAACUUCCUGCAGCUGUAACAGUGUUACCGAAUUCAACAUUAUCAUACGCAAUUGAAUUAAUGUUAGAACGUGAAUUUUCACAAUUACCUGUGGUAGAUACAAAUCGUAAAUUACUCGGUUAUGUAUCAUUGGCAUCUCUACAAAAUCAUAUUAACGUAGGUGACGCUACAUUAUCAGAAAAAAUUGAAAAAUGGGUGUUUAGAUUUAGAUCACGCGAUGAUACGAAUGAAAGUAAUUCGAAUAAUGUUAAUGGGAAUAACAAUGAAAACAAUAAAAAGAAUGUUGGAAGGAAAUCAAGACAAAAAUAUCAAUUGAUUACACCGGAUACACCACUAACGGAAUUGGCUAAAUUUUUUGAGAAACAUAGUUUUGCCGUAGUUACCGAUUUUAAAAGAAAAUUUGUAUUGGGUGUUGUAACCAAGAUUGAUUUGAUGACAUUUAUAAAUCGUAGAAAAAAUUCCGGAUUUGAUUCAAGAUUUUAUUAUUGA